AUGUCACAAGGGCUCCACCUGUUGGGCCACAAGGAGAAAAUACUCGAGUACAAGUACAAGCCAGAUGCAGAUAAGUCUGAAAAUGAGAACAUUGAAGUUCCUGCGGAGGAGGUACAGAGGGAAACAGACCCUGAGGACAACGACGAACCAGCAGCUCCACUUCAACCUGCAGACGCCAAUGAGGGAGAAGAGGAUGAGCCCGAGGUCCGGAGGUCCACUCGUGCCCGCAGGCCACCGCAGAUGUUCACCUACAAUUCCCUGGGCCAGCCAACAUUCCAGUUCCAGCCGCCACCAGCUGUCCAUGCAGUCGAAGCCUUCUUGCCACCAGCGGUGCCUUUCUGGGGAAUGGACCCUAACUCAGUGAUUUAUUGUUAUUGCACCAACAUCAUAUGA